AAAAGUACGAGUCCCCUAAUGCCUGAAUAAGGUCUUUACUCUUCUGUCUUUCUGCAAAAACAUUCUCUGCAGCCAUGGAUGAAUAUAGCUGCUUUGUGGAUUGGGACAAGAUGGAUGCCACAAUCCAGACGCAGGACUCAAAGGAGCUAAUCUGCACAGAUUUCCAGGAGUUCAAACAGCUUGCCCGACAGGGCUAUUGGGCCAAAAAUCACUCUUUGAGAGCCAAAGUAUAUCUGAAGCUAAUUGGCAACAUCCCAUGCCGCACAGUGACACCAGAUGCAAACGUGUACCGGGAUAUUGUUGUGAAGAUCAUUGGCAAGCGUAACGCUGGCACUCUGCCAUUGCCAGAGUUUGUGGAUAACAGUCUGGUUCCCAAUUACUGUUUGAAUGCCGAGGGCAUUGGGGCAGUCAGGAAGAUAAUCUGCUGCAUUGCAAAUCAGUUCCCUGACAUAUCAUUCUGCCCAGCGCUGCCUUCUGUGGUGGCUCUGCUCCUCCACUACAGCAGGGAUGAAGCAGAGUGCUUUGAGAUGGUUUGUCGCAUCCUUGCUUGCAAUGACCCAUCCAAGCGGCUCAUUGACCAGACAUUCCUGGCGUUUGAGUCCUCCUGUAUGACCUUUGGUGACCUGGUUAACAAGUACUGCCAGGCAGCACACAAACUGAUGGUGGCAGUGUCUGAGGACGUGCUGGAGGUGUACUCUGACUGGCAGCGGUGGCUCUUUGGAGAGCUGCCCUUGGUGUAUGUUGCUCGGGUCUUCGAUGUGUUCCUAGUGGAGGGCUACAAGGUGCUCUAUCGGAUUGCACUAGCCCUUCUCAAAGUCUUCCACAAAGUGAGAGCCGGGCAGCCCAUAGAGUCGGACAAUGUGCAGCAAGACAUUCGAGCUUUUGUUAGGGACAUUGCCAAGUCAGUGUCUCCUGAGAAGCUGCUGGAGAAAGCGUUUGCCAUACGGCUUUUUUCCCGGAAGGAGAUCCAGCUUCUGCAUAUGGCCAAUGAGAAGGCCCUACAGGAGAAAGGCAUCACAGUCAAACAGAAGAGCCGCUGUACUCCUCCUGUUUGCAGUGUUUCAUCUCCUAAAAGACAGAACGUGCACUUGGCAGUGCAUGCUGAGAACUUCAAGUCCGAAAUCGUCAGCGUGAAAGAGAUGAGAGACAUCUGGUCCUGGAUCCCGGAGCGCUUUGCACUUUGCCAGCCCCUAUUGCUUUUCACCACCCUGGAGCAUGGCUGCAGCCUAAACAGGUUAUAUUCUCACAGCGAAGGACAUGAACCAACGCUCCUCUUGAUCAGGACAACAGCCAAAGAGGUCUGUGGCGCUUAUUUGUCAACUGACUGGAGUGAGCGCAGGCGAGGAGGGAAUAAACUGAGUUUCUUUGGGACAGGAGAAUGCUUUGUAUUCAGGCUGCAGCCAGAAGUGGAACGUUAUGAGUGGGUGAUAAUCAAGCACCCCGAACUGGCCAUGACUACUUCUGAGCCAGGGGCUAAGUCCAUGCAGGUUUCCCCUGUCCUGUCCUCCAGCAGCAUCCUCUCGGACUCCUCGGAUCGUCUUUCCCCCUUCCUAGCUGCUCGUCACUUCAACUUGCCUUCCAAAACUGCUUCCAUGUUCAUGGCUGGCAGCAACGAGUGCAUCAUCAUAGGAGGUGGUGAUGGCCAGGCCCUCUACCUUGAUGCAGACCUGAACCAUGGGAGAACCAGCCACUGCAAUACUUUCAAUAAUCAGCCACUGUGCUCUGAAAACUUCCAGAUCUCUGCCAUGGAGGUAUGGGGCUUCAAGGACACUAUGAAUGUCUGAGGCUGUAACCAUCAUCAAAACAAUGAGCCUGUCAGACAUCUCAAAAUUCUCAAGACAAAUACUAAUGCAAAAGCCAAGCUAACACAAAAAUUCCACCUGGCUCCUUCUAGCUUAGCUAUUAAGGAGCACACUAAAUGCAGGGCUUAGUUGUUUACUGUUGCUCCUUAUAUGCAGAAUGUAAAUGACUAGGUGGUGCAUCUGGUUAACUCCUUUUACCUCUGGCAAACUGGAUUCAAACCCUGAUUUAGGUAACAAGUAGAAAUGUGGGUAUCUCAUUCUAGUCCUGAGUGGACGUGUAUCCAUAUGCAAUCAGUCUCUCAGGCCAGGACUGGAACAGCAGCAUGUUGCUCAUCAGGAUGCAGGUAUAUUGGCAGAGCUGUGUGUGGCUUGUACAGUGCCUGGCUCAUGCCAAUGAUAUCAGUUUGGCACUUGCAGGAGCAGAAUAAAGUGGACUUUGCAUAUGGGGUCAAUCCAUCAGGCAGAUCCGUGUAUCCAUUUUCAGCACCCUUUCCUGAGCAAGUCAGCAAUGCUUCUGAAAGGAACAAAGACUAAUAGCUGUCUUACCCCACAUCUGAAAGCUUGUGUUCUUCAUCUGCUUGCAGAGUCUGCCCCUCUGUGGGAAGCAUCCAGUCUGGGAAAGCACUGCCUCAAAGGGCUGACUUUCUGUUUACAUUCCUAUUACAUAUCAGAAUCGUGACUUCCAAUUGUAAUAUUAUGACUCACGGCUCAGGCAGCUAAAAGCCAGCAGGCUAUAUGCAGGGCACAAACUCUUCCCCUUCUUCGUGGUUCUUGGAAGCUGACAUGAGACUUUGCACUGGGAAUGAUAACUGGCUAGGCAGGAAAUUAGCAAUUGGAUGCAGAAACGCAAUGCCUUCUCCAAAGAGAAAUGAAUAAGGGUGAACGAGUACCUACAGAGACAGAAAAUGAUCACAUCUAUCAAUUCUGUUUUGUGUCUGGGAAUGUGCUAGUUCCCCAGACAGGCUUUAGGGGGUGCUGUUUCUAUAGCACCUGAAUCUGCCCAUUGACUGAAGAGACUAGUGCUUUCUCAGUGUAAAAUGCAGCCAGCUUUGCCAGUAAUGCCUUGUGGUGCAAGUUGGACAGGUGACAGUCAUUUCUUCUUGCCUGAGAGUUCUGGCAGCACUUCUCCGCAGACACGCUUGGUAACUGGAAGUGAUUUCCCAUUGCCUGACACCUGAAGUUAGCAGUCCAGCUUUGAGACUUGUCCUUUCCUGGCUUAGUCUGUGUAUCUCAACGGAGGAUCAGUGUGAGCACAUGUUAGAGAGAUUCCUCUGAGUACUUCAGCAGACUAACCACUAGUGAGAGGGAGUUCUACAGCCAGAUGGAGGGAAGAGAGAGAGCACGAUUUUGUCACCAGGUACAUAGUGACAUCAAUUGCAUUAAAAUAGAGAACCUUGAUUAUUACCUUUUUAAAGGUGCAUUUAUUUUAUAAAGGGAGAUCUAAAUAUGCAGUGAAAAUCAGUGGCUCAACUCUUAACUAGGCUGGGCACGAUCUCCUCAGAAUCCACUGGCUCAAGGAGGCUGGCUAAAACUCACUUGCCCCGGCCACAUCUAAAAGGACUAUGAGACAGUUGUGUGACUUUCUGGCAGGGCACUGCCUCUCAAGAACCCACUGGCAAAGCUUAGCCUGGAAGAUGAACAGCUACUUGUGAUACCAUUGUCAGAAGCCCUUCCAUAAGAACCCAGGUCAGUAACAGAUCAUGGAUGCACCCUUUUAAAAUGAUAGAUGUACAUCAAACUGUCUGUUUGUAAUCAGAAUCUUUUGCUUGUUGGUGAAGAGCAGCAUCACUUACUCCUGCAAGAGCUGGUAACACCACAAGCACUCAUGAUGGAACAAGGAAGCAUUGUCCUUGCUCUGUGCAUCCUUGCAGUGCGUGGAAUGUGUUUGGAGAGGGCAGCUGUCAUGGCUAACCCAGAAUCCUGGGCUCUGACCUGGCUGAGUAAUGGCUGCAGGAGCAGACUCUUCUAUUCUGUCUGAAAAAUAUACAUUUGUCAGUGUUAAAUCUGAACAAAUAUUCUGUUAGAAUCUUAAGCAACUUUGGUUCCAGCUUGUUUUGCUGCUCACCUUGAAAAGGCCUCCCUGUGCCUGUGAGGAUAGAUGCAGUUGACUGACAGCCCAUACCAUCUGACAUGCUGUGGGCUUUGCAAUACUCUGUUCUGCUCAUGGCAGAAGCACAUGGAAGGUGAGUGAAUGAAGUUUGCCCCUGCUUAAAGACUCAGUUUUCAGAUUUGAAUUGACUGAACUAAGCCCCUUUUAUCUUCCAAGUGAUAGCAUGCACUAGCCGUGGGGCACGUGUCCACCCCCACCGUUGCACCAUUGGGAUUCUUAAAUUAGCAACUGGCUCGGUUAGUAAAAAAUAGUUCAUUUCAGUGCCCCCUUAAGAUCAGUCAGCAGGAGUUUCCAUCCCAGAUGGCUUAUAACAAAACUGGUCUGAGGAGCUAACUGCCCAUUCCAGGGAGGAUUCUGGCCCUACAUGGUUUGGAAGGUUUCCUAUGCCAGGAUGGAAUAUUGACAUUUUUACCAAAGUAACUAGGCUGCAAAGGGAGACUAAGCAAACUGAGAGGGUUACGUGUGGCAGCUCUGGUUCCACUGUAGCCUGGCUGUCCGUAUUUGCAUGUUGCUGAGAGUGAUGGUUAAGUUUGCUGAUGCACCCAUGGCAAUGCUGCUGAGCACAGGCCCUGGAGAACAAGCUCAGAUCCAUGAUCUGUAGACACUUACUUUAUUAACUGUUCUGGUGUGGAUGGAUCAUCUCCCAGUAGCUGGCACUGUAAAAUCUCUACAGUGCCUUUAACUUUCCAUACAGAGUUCUCACGCCUGUUUCUCGAAGCAAGUUCUUUCCAGACUGAAAUAAACUGGUGGUAAUUCCUAUCCAUAUGUCUAUUAACUGAGUUUGUAACAAAUUAUAUCAUCCACCUGCACCAAUGGCUGUUGGCUGAAAAGAACCUUGCAUGAUUGUACCUUGCUUUCUACAAGAACUGGCAGGUGUCCAUCUAUCUGUUGGAUAUUGAAAAGCAAAUGUCAUAUCACUUUUGAUGUUUAAUGGCAUCUUAUCAACUUCCUUGGACAAAGGAUUCAUUCAUUCAUUCAGGAUUCAUUUGCAUUAAGUAUCUUGGGGGGGGGUCUCUUAAAUAUGUUCUCCCCUCUGCCUCAUUCUUCCAGCUUGUGUACAGGAUGUUCUUAGCAGUAGCUUUCAUGUAAUUAAGAUAUCACCUGUCCCUUGAGCUCUGGGUUGGCAGGACUGGGAGACUUUCACAUUAGAGCAAAUCCCUUCAUUUAAGUCUGUCUGCAAAACACAUCCAGAGACAUUCUGGUUUUCUUGCCUUCCCCCACCUCUCCCACAUGCUAGACUUGAGCCCUGCCCCACUCCUCAAAUAGCAUCUACAGAAUCCUCCCUCGAGACUGCUAGAGUGGAAACGUAAGCCCACAAAACUGCUUGAAUAGAAGAUGACAGCAAACUCAGCUUUAGAAUACUAGGCUGGUUUUUCAAAGAACCCUCAGGGAGGUAGGCACCCAAAUCCUACUGAAAGUCACUGGCAUUUGGACAUCUGCCUCUUAGCAGCAAAGAAAAGCCCAGUUUUGACCUUUGCCAGGAUUGUAUUGUGUAGAAGUAGCCGAUGCCCCUAAUCAUUCCAACAUGGAGGGCCCACAAAGAAGCCCCGAGGGUAUUUCUAUGCUGCAGCUGGGAGGUGAUUUCCAGCACAUGUAGACAGACUUGGGGUAGCUCAGCUCAAUCUAGUGCACUGAUGAUAACAGUGUGGAUGUUGUGACAUAGGGAGCAGGUCAGACUAUCUACCCAUGUUCAGACCUGCAGGCUCGGGUAGGCUUGGACUUGAGUGGCUAGCCUGAGCCACCAUCUCUCCCACCGCGUUCACACUGCUAAUUUUAGCACACAUGCUUGAGCUGAGCAAGUGCAAAUGUCUCCCUGGGUUGGGGAUCACACUUCACAGCUGCAGUGUAGACACACCCUAAGAAACCUAUGCAGAUGGCCUGUUACCCUAUUUCUGCAGGUGACCAUAGCAGAGUCUUUACUUCCUUGUUAAAGGAGCUCACCACAUGGGAAAUGGGAGUCUGUGGUGAGUGGCUUCUCAUGAGGCAGUCUGUGUCUAGGCAUAGGCCUUGCAAUUUUAGGGAAGGGGAGGAUACUCUUAUGACUUGGAACGAACACUACCUCACCAGGGUAAUUUGGGGGUUCCACUGCAUGAACCCCACUACUGGAAGCAAAAUGGCUGACAAGAGUCAGUGAAGCUGUGCUAGAAGUAAUUUCUCCCCUUGCCCAGAUGGGUGGGGUAACUAGUGACCCCUCUACUGACUGCCAUCUGCAUUCAUAUCACUCUUAGGAGGAAUGUAUUGCAGCAGCAGUUUGUUUUACCAGGAUGUGGUGCUAAAAGAUCUCACCUGGAUAACCCAACCUGACCAAGAAGCUACAACAAACAAGCAAGAGGAAUUGUGUUAUAUAAAGCUGUCUUUCGUAUUCUCCUUUUGUAGUUAUUCCAUAAAAACUAAUGCUCCUUUUCUAUGUAAAUGUUCAUGUAUAAUAUUUCUCUUUGUGAGCCUAAGGCAGCUCAGAGCUGUGGCACUAUGAGCUGAGGACCUGUCCCUUCCUCUCCAAUGGCAAAGAUGCAUCUUCUGUCUGUGAUUAAAAAUUGAUGUUAAAGAGAAAUCCAUCCAGGUUCAUGUAAAUCAGUGAGCGGUGUUGUCCAUGUUACAUGCAGAGCUCUUGGGGCUGGGUACAUAGACCAGUUUUUUAGAAGACUACUAGAGUGGGUGACCUCUCAGAGAUCAGGGCUCCAGCUGGAAAGCAUGUAGCAUGACGAGUUACUUUAUUGUAAUUCUGAACAGCCUUUGACAACAUGUCCCUUUGGUGUGGUAUUGUGUAUUAUCAGUGCCCUUUGAUUUAUGAUGUUAGUGUGGAGCUAAGGUUCUGGCUAUUGAGAUGCAGCUGCUUCUCUUUAAGAGCAUCUCUGGCUUCCUGGGAACCCAUUUCUGAGUUGUAACUUUCUAUUAGAAGGUUUCUGGGGAUGGAGAAGGCCAGAGAAGACUAGAACCACCUCCCGCCUCCCCUAGGCAUCUGAAAAUGGGCUGAACUCACUGUAAAUAGCCUCUGACAUACAGCACAGAAGCCAACUGAUGUGUCACUGGAACUCUCUGGAAAGCUAAUUGCUCUCUGAUAAUCAUGCACUUUUUGUGAUAGUCACCUUCCAUCUUCUGUCCCUCUCACCAGAGAGGUGACAGACAAGGAGCCUCCUUGUGUAUUACAUUCUCUUCUGUGGAGAAAAGAGACUGAAUGGUACUGAAAGGGUUAAAAUUAUAUUUGCAGAAGUAUCUUUUAGCCCUCCCCCCCCAAAAAAAUUUUAUUGCAUAUCAAAUCAGCUGCUAAUCCCAGCACUGGUAUGUUUGAAAACCUAGUACCUACUGAUUCACCUCUUUCUGGUUUUGGUUUUAAUCCUGAGGAAUCAGAGUUUACACUGCCUUUUGUGUCCUCAGAGCUACACUCUGAUAUCACAAAUGGGCAGGGACCAAGACUUCACCUGAAGCUGGGGCAGAGGGAAAAGUCAGCUGCUGCAAUACACAUCUGGAAUCCCCGAGAGCACAAAAUGCAUAGAGGGCUCAGAUACUGUCUCAUCACUGUAUGAUAAUAGCUCUGUCUUCUGAGCCAAUUCUUGUUUUGAAAUGAAUUUUGUACCAGUCUGUUUGUAGGUGAUGUGAAUGCAAAUUAUAUUCUGAGUGACAUUUUUCUCCAGGUGAUUGUAGUGCUGUCUAAUUGUGACUUUCUAGGUCAUGUAACUAUGCCAUCCACUAAUGUCAGUGUUGAGUGUUUGUGACUGCACAGAAUUUGGGUUGAAUUAUUAAAAUAAAAUUUAAAUAUUCAA